ACACGCAGUGCGUGGCUCUAUAAAUUGUUACAGGCAUUCGAGAAUCGAGAACGACGAAAAUGUUUAUGGAGAUAUAUAUCAGAAAGAAAUGUCUUUCUGGUUGAUUUUUGUGGACUAAAACAUUAACUGUUAGUUUUUCCAUCAUGAAAUCGCAGGAUAACCGUCCGUCAAGCUGGUUGCCAUUGAGUUCCCCAAAAUUUGGCGUAGCUAUAUACAACUUUGACGAGAAUGGACAAUACAGGCUUCCAUUGGUACUUGGUGAAAUGGUUAAAAUAGUCGAAGAAUGUGAAGGGUGGUAUCGAGGCUAUGUUGUUCGAAACAGUUGUAUACAGGGCAUCUUUCCAGCUUCCUUAAUCCAUCUAAAAGAGUGGAAUGAGUCGCAGGAUCGUGACAGUAUACACUCCACAGAAUAUCCCCUUGUUCAGGAAAUGACAAUUGUGUUACGAGAAUGGGGGAUCAAGUUGAAACAUCUGUACUUGAUCAAAAAUCUCGAACUGUUUCACAUGAUUACCAAACAAAUGGAUGACCUCAUGAUGUGGAGAAAGCAAAUUCUAUCAGGAACUCUUCCCGGUGAUCGGAUAAAGCAACUUAAACAAAAAGUCACAACAUCCAUUGACUAUGGUAACAGAGUUCUUGGUCUUGAUCUUGUUGUACGAGAUGCAAAUGGAAACAUUCUCGACCCAGACACUACUGGAGUUAUUGAACUUUACAGACGACAUAACUCUACACAAACUCGAAUAUCAGAGAAGGAAAAUCGUACAAGUUUUCCAGAAGUUCGUUUUUACCAUAACCAGAUACUUUCCCUCUACGUCUCCCAAAUAGUUGCUGUUUGUCAUAUUGGUGAAGAUGCUGAAGUGUUUGUAUCAUUGUAUGAACCACCAGGACCAAAUGGGAAGGAAGGUAGAUUUAUAAGUGAGCAUUAUAUGAUCGCAUGGGAUAAAAGGGGAUUGCCAAAAGACAUUAAUAGGAUUGAUAACACUUGCUGCCUAUUCACGGAUCUCGGUAGCAGGGAACUGGAAAGAGAUAAGAUUUACAUUGUCUGUUUAAUUGUCAGAAUAGGUCGCUUAGAACUGAAAGACGUCAACAGUAAAAAGGCAAAACUUACCACAGACUUACGUCGACCGUUUGCCGUUGCCGUUAUGGAUGUGACGCAUAUUAUUCAAAAAAACAUCGAGCUUGAUGAUGAAGAAGAGCGUUUCCUUCCAUUACAAAUGGUCGACAAUAACACAGAAUAUUUUCAUCAAUGGAUUACAAGAGCGAUCGCUCGAUAUAAUAGCGGUGGAGACAAUCUCAACAAAGGUCUAGGUGUGUCACUUUCUCUCAGAUUACUACGAGGCGAUAAAGAUCAGGUUGCUCAAAGCUAUCCUGACUUAGUUAAUUCAACAACUUCCAUUGCAAGAAAACUUGGAUUUCCCGAAGUCAUUAUGCCCGGUGAUCCACGUAAUGAUAUGUUCAUUGGUAUUGUAUCGGGAAAGUUCGAUAAAGGUGAUAAAAAAGCCCAUAAGAAUAUUGAGAUGAUUAUGCGUGUUUGCGACCAGUCUGGAAAAGUUAUACCGAAUGUUAUAAGCCUGGGCACUGGUGAAUCUUUACGGAGUGAAUAUCGUAGCUGUGUUUACCGUCAUUCUUUGACACCAGAAUGGCAAGAAACUGUGAAGCUUGUUAUUCCUAUCCAAAUAUUCUAUUCGUCGCAUCUGACAUUUUCCUUCAAACAUCGCUCAUCAAAAUUUGAUAAAGACAAAGGUCUGAAUAUAACCAACUUUGCUUAUGUUCGAUUAAUGAACUUAAAAGAUGGCACAACAUUAUUGGAUGGCAUUCACGAUUUGGUUGUUUACAAGUGUAACACGAGGGAAAUCAAAGAUAACAGUUACUUUAAACUACCGUCAUUGAAAAAGGAACUACAUCAUCACCCCACUGAAACUUCAAGUAAAGAUAAAGCCCUUCGUGAAGGACAACUGACUCAUAGUCCUAAGGAAUCAUUUCAGAUAACGUCGUUGCUAUGUUCAACAAAAUUAACUCAGAACGUACAUCUUCUUGGUCUUUUAAAAUGGAAAUCGCAAAACGAGAAACUUCGCGGCAUUUUGCAGCAAGUGACCAACGUGAAGGAAGAAAUCGUCAAAUUUCUUCAAGAUAUUUUCGACGCAUUAUUUGCCAUCCUCAUGGAAAGCCCAGAUAAAUAUGGACAACUUGUGUUUGACGAUUUGGUAUUUGUAAUCAAUCUGCUGGCAGACAAAAAGUAUUCACAUUUCAGACCUGUUCUCGACGCCUAUAUUGCUGAAUUGUUCUCAGCAGCGAGGGCCUACGAUACCCUUAUAAAAGUAUUGUCAGAAUAUGUCAUGAUCAUAACUCAUGGUAAAUCAGUGACACUUGCUCCUGCUGAAAAUGAUACUAUCUUCAAAACUAUGAAAGCGCUAGAAUAUAUUUUCAAGCUAAUUGUUCAAUCCAGACGUUUAUUUGAACGAACUUCUAUCGACUCGCAGACCGAGAAGUUUCAUCGGGAUAUGGACACACUGUUUCAAGUGUUAAUUCUUAUGAUGGCUGACCAACGGAGUGAUACGUUAAAAGUUCAGGGUCAAGCAUUGAAGAAUAUUCCUACAAUUUUUGGUCACGCUCUCAAAGUGUACGAUCCAGUUCGUCUUGGAGAAUUUGCUCGUGAUUUUAUUUUGAGCAUCCCCCCUGGACGUCUUAGUUCACAAAGGCUUACUUGUAUGUAUGAUAUGGUAAAGACAGAACUUUUUGAGAAUGAAGUUUCCAGACGAAUUACGCUAGCGAUGUUUACGAAAGAGUUAGUGCCUUACCUUAAAAGUGAAUCAGAACUGAAAGUUUGUGUGGAUAUCAUAUCUGAUCUUCUUGUCACAUUGAACAGAAAUGAUGUGGGUCAAACAUUUGACGACGUUAACCAGGUUGCAAUUGAAUUGUUAUUCCCCAUUCUCAAAACUGUCAUUCGUAUCGAUAGAGUUUUGCCUUGUGCGGUGAAAUAUUUUGCCUGUUUUGUUUCGUUACUUCGUUUGAUGACCGUAGCCCACUUUGACAGAUUUGUCGUCUCAUUUACUGAUCGAGAGAAGUUUACGGACUUUCUCAUCUCUCUUUUCAUGCAUUUUCGAGAUGUGAUCGCAAACAGUGUUUAUCAAAAGGACUGGAUCACAAUGAUUAUGGUGCAAAAUAAGGUUAUUGUCAAGACUUUAGAUUAUUUUUCCAAUGCCCUGGAGCUCAAUUACUUAGAUCAAGAAAAAUUUAGUAUUCAGCUGUGGACGAGUUUCUUUGAAUUGUCUGUGUCGUUCAUCACUCAAGCACCUUUAAAUCUUGAGAGCUUUACCGAGACAAAGCAAACUAAAAUACUCUCAAAAUAUGGAGACAUGAGAAAAAGUGUGGCUUUGAAAAUACGCGACAUGUGGCAGAAGUUAGGUGGAUAUAAAACGAAGUUUAUUCCUCAACUUGUUGGAUCAUUCUUGGAAAUGACUUUGAUUCCAGAAGACGAGAUACGUCGAGAUACAAUACCUAUCUUUUUUGAUAUGAUCAUUUGUGAAAACAAUGCAAAAGGAGGCUUUCGUGAGAUUGAAAACGAAAUCAUUCAAAAACUGGAUGUAAUUUUGGAAAGUGGUCGAGGAGAUGAAAAUUACAAGAUUUUGUUUGGUCAAAUCCUUACAAGUCUUUUCUCGGUGAAUCCCAAAUUGUGUCAAGUCGGUAAAAAAUUUGUUCACACGAUCACAACAUUGCUGGAAAAACUCCUCGAUUACAGGACCGUUUUGGCUAGCGAUGACAGCCUUGACAACAGAAUGAGUUGUAUUGUCAAUCUUUUGAACUUUUACAAAGAAAUCAAACGUAAUGAAAUGUAUAUACGUUAUUUGUACAAACUUUACGAUCUUCAUGUGCGAGUGGAGAAUUACACAGAGGCUGCAUUUACUCUACUUUUACAUGCUGAUAUUCUCAAGUGGACGGACGAUCCCAUAAGCAUCGAUGAUCAUGGUAAAUUUCAAGCGGAAACACAGCGGGGAAUGAAAGAAAACUUGUUCAAGGAAAUUAUUAAGCUUUUCGAUAAAGGAAAGACUUGGGAAGAGGCGAUAAAGUAUUGUAAACAAUUGGCUGACCAAUAUGAACGCGAAACAUUUCAAUAUAUGGAACUUGGUGAAAUAUUAAGAAAGGAGGCACAAUUCUUUGAUAACAUCGUGAAGCAAUUACGGGCAGAAUCCUCAUAUUUCCGAGUGGGAUUUUAUGGUCAAGGAUUUCCCUCAUUCCUUCGGAAUAAGGAGUUCAUUUACCGAGGCAAAGAUUACGAGCAAGUCGGAGAUUUUACUGUGAGAGUUCAGAAUAACUUUCCAACAGCUCAACUUAUGACGAAGCUGACGCCUCCUGGUGAAGAUAUCAAAAAUUCCAACGAGCAAUAUCUUCAGAUCAACUUAGUUGAUCCCAUACCAAUUGAAAGACGUAAAUACCAAGGAAAGGUUGUUUCUGAAAAGAUAACUCAAUUUUAUGAACGAAAUGAGGUAAACCAGUUCAAGUACGAUCGACCUUUUCACAGAGGAGAAAAGGAUAAAAGCUCAGAAUUUGCUACAUUAUGGCUGGAAAGAACGUGUUUACAAACAAAAUACAGAUUUCCGGGCAUUCUUUGUUGGUUCGAGGUCACUCAUAUAUCUCGGCAUGAAAUUUCACCAAUCAACGUGGCUCUGGAAACGAUGCAACAGAAAAAUCAGGAAUUAAAGACGCUCAUCUCCAGAUAUAGGAAGAAUAAUCAACAAAACAUCAAUCCGUUAAGUAUGGCUUUGAAUGGAGUCAUUGACGCUGCUGUGAUGGGCGGAAUAGCGAACUAUACCAAAGCGUUUCUCACGAAUGAAUUCUUAGCACAAAAUCCCAAUGAUGCCCACAAUGUUGAUAAUUUAAAGAAAUUAAUGGGAAAUCAGUAUGAAAUACUUAAAGAUGGCAUGAGCGUGCAUAACAAUCUGGUGACAGAUGCUCUUCGUCCGUUCCAUCAAAAUCUCGAGAAACGAUUCUCGGAUCUAAUGGCUCUCAUCCCGAAGGCAUCACGACAACGAGCGAGGGAAAGGUAUUCAAGUGUAAGGGACAGAACAGUCCAGAGAAAUUCAUCAGGUGGACCAGUACGAAGUAGAACGAUGGUAGCAAAUCGGAGCACAGUCAUUAUUGGAAAUGGACUGGGACCUAUACCUGAUGGACUACCUCCAUCACUUCCUGAUAAGCAUAUGUCAAUGAAUCCAGCGGGCGCUCCACCUUUACCAAGGCGAUCAAUUGCCAUUAAUGGAUCGCCACCUUUACGGACAGCCGAGCUGGAUCAAUCACCACCGCCAACACCAAAGCGAACUAACACGAUGUCCGUAGCUGCUGAUGCCAAUUUUACCAAGAAUACAACCCAGUCAAAUGCUAAAAAUGCAACAAUGCCUGACAAUUCUGAGAUUCCACCGCCAAGGCCCCCGAAAACUCGACAUAAUUGAAUCAAUUUUUUUGCAAUUGAUUACGUAAUAUUUUAUAUGAAUAUUUUUGAUCAAACUUUUUUAUCUCAAAACUUCUCGAGGUCUUUGUAUAAUACCUAUCUUCAUGACUUCGACUGCAUAAAGUAUAACAAACACCUCGUGAAAAUAUAACAAGGACUCGUAAAAUUUUUAUAAAAACAUAGGGCAACAACUAGCAGAUAAUAUCACAGCUAUGGGAUGAUUAAUUUUGAUAAUAAAUUGUGUUAUUUGUA